AUGUAUAAAAGUGCCGAAGAGAUCUCGAAAAGAAAAUUCAUCGGAAUACAUGCAACAAUCCAAACAGUGGACAACAAAACCCACGUUGGAUAUAUUUACGUUGUGGAUCCAGAAAGCAAAUCUGUGGUUCUAACCACACAGAAGACUGAACAUAGUUCUGGUGAUCUGAUUAUCAUCACAGCACCUACAAUCAAGAACAUACAAAUUGAUACCACACAGGACAUAGGUGAAAUAAAUAUUUUUAGUGAAAAGAGGUGCCAAAGCUACAGCAUACAAGAUCUCCAAGAAAAGAAGAAAAAACUCAAAGAUUGGUUGAAGCUUAAUUUAAUUGAUGUUGUUGAAGAUGGAGAAGCCCUCAAGUUUCAGGAUCAUUUAAUCAUAGAACCACCCUAUGAUUUAGAUCAUUGUUAUUGUACAAAUACUAUUGUCUUAGAUAGAUUUAAGAGUUUAAUUGAAAAAAUGCCGGUUUAA